AUGAACUCAUACAAACACAUUGCUUUGCUCCUGCUCCUCCUGAUUCCCAGUGUCUGUCAAAGUGGAAACAUCUUGGUUCUACCAGCUGAAGGCAGCCAUUGGAUAAACAUGGAAAUUCUUCUUAAGGCUUUGCACUCCAGAGGACACAACAUCACUGUUGUACGUUCCAGCAACAGCUGGUACAUCAAGGAGAACUCUUCUUACAGCACCAUCACUGUUCCUGUGGAAAGAAGCUUCUAUCAAAACUUUAUUACCAAAGUUAUAUUUGACCUCAUACAGUUUGAACGAGGUGCUUUACCUUUGACAAGCUUUCUUCAGGCAAGUGUAGGCCUGCUCACCACUUUCAUUGAGAUUCACAGAGCUGUGGGGGAAUUUGUCUCAGCACUGCUGGAAGAUGCAGAAUUGAUGAGAACAUUAAAAGAGAGCAGGUUUGACCUGGUUCUUACUGAUCCCGACUGGGGCCAUGGAAUUAUUGUGGCCAAGUAUUUGAAUCUUCCUUUGGUUUAUAAUGUUCGAUGGUUAAUAUCUGAAGAAGCUCAUUUUGCCAUCGCUCCUUCACCUUUAUCAUACGUUCCUCUAACAGGAUCUGUCUCGACUGAUGAGAUGACUUUUUCCCAGAGAGUUAAAAACAUGAUUUUAUAUUUUAUUAUCCGAAUCCAUGAAUUUGUGGUGAACAAAGACACAUACCAACCGUUAUGUGAUAAAUAUCUUGGGCCCAAUAAUGACUUUGAUCAAGUUAAAACCGACGCAGACAUUUGGCUGAUGAGAACUGAUUUUGUGUUCGACUAUCCUCGUCCCACAAUGCCUAAUGUUGUGUACAUGGGAGGGUUCCAUUGUAAAUCUCCAGAACCACUUCCUGAGGACUUGGAGGAGUUUGUGCAGAGUUCUGGUGAACAGGGAGUCAUCGUCAUGUCUCUGGGAGCUUUUGUACAUCAACUACCCGAUGACUUGGCUAAUGAGAUCGCUGCAGCGUUAGCUAAAGUACCCCAGAAAGUAAUCUGGGCCUAUAAAGGUAAAAGACCAGCCUCUUUAGGAAACAACACUUUAAUGGUUGACUGGAUGCCACAAAAAGACCUUCUAGGACACCCCAAGAUAAAACUUUUUGUUGCUCAUGGAGGAACAAAUGGAGUCCAGGAGGCAAUUUGUUACGCAGUCCCAGUCGUGGGUUUGCCCUUGUUUUUUGACCAGCAUGACAAUCUGCUCCGCCUGCAAUCAAGGGGGGCAGCUAAAGUUCUGAAUCUGGUUACAGUCGACAAAGAUGAUAACUUCCUAAAAGCUCUGCAGGAAGUCCUCAAUGAGCCCUCCUACAAGAUGCACAUGCAGAGACUUUCCAGACUGCACAAUGAUCAGCCGAUGAAGCCGAUGGACACGGCCGUCUUCUGGAUAGAGUUUGUCAUGAGACACAAAGGAGCUGCUCACCUGAAAACACAGUCCUACAAAAUGUCCUGGUAUAUCUACCACUCUGUAGAUGUAGUCCUCUUCCUCACUGCAGUAGUUCUGCUGAUGAUUUUAACUACGGUUUUAUUUCUCAAGUGUUUAUGUAAAGCAGUUUGUAGAAGCAAGGUAAAACGUGACUAA